UGGGCGGGACCAGGCCAGGGACGUUAUAAGAGCCGUCGUUUGGCGCGCAGUGGAGGCAGUUGGGGGUCUUUGUGUGCGGAGCAGUGCGGCGCUGGGUUUUGUGGCUUCUCCCCCGCUGACAGGAUGUUCGAGGCGCGGCUGGUGCAGGGCUCGGUGCUGAAGCGGGUGCUGGAGGCGCUCAAAGACUUGAUCACGGAGGCCUGCUGGGAUCUGGGCUCGGGCGGCAUCAGCCUGCAGAGCAUGGACUCCUCACACGUCUCGCUGGUGCAGCUCACGCUGCGUUCCGAGGGCUUCGACACCUACCGCUGCGACCGCAACAUCGCCAUGGGGGUCAACCUGGCCAGUAUGUCCAAAAUACUGAAGUGUGCUGGCAAUGAAGACAUAAUCACUCUCAGAGCAGAGGAUAAUGCAGAUACAUUGGCUCUAGUAUUUGAGGCACCAAAUCAGGAGAAGGUCUCUGAUUAUGAGAUGAAGUUAAUGGAUUUAGAUGUGGAACAACUUGGAAUUCCUGAACAAGAAUACAGCUGUGUAGUGAAAAUGCCUUCUGGUGAAUUUGCACGGAUCUGCAGAGAUCUAAGCCAUAUUGGAGAUGCUGUUGUCAUCUCUUGUGCAAAAGAUGGUGUAAAAUUUUCUGCUAAUGGAGAACUGGGAAAUGGGAACAUAAAGCUGUCACAGACCAGUAAUGUGGAUAAGGAGGAAGAAGCUGUUACAAUAGAGAUGAAUGAGCCAGUCCAGCUAACUUUUGCUUUGAGGUACUUGAAUUUUUUUACCAAAGCCACACCACUGUCACCUACAGUUACACUUAGUAUGUCUGCAGAUGUUCCAUUAGUUGUGGAGUACAAGAUUGCAGAUAUGGGACAUUUAAAAUAUUAUCUUGCCCCAAAGAUUGAGGAUCAGCAGGAUGGUUCUUAAAAUGCAGUAGGACCAAGGGAAGAGCUUCUGAGAGUCUUGGGAGAUGAAAACUGCUUUUCUGCGGAUGAAGAAAGUGUCUAGUCAGAAGUUAAAAAUACUGUUAUGCAUGUUUGUAGAUAUUCUCUGUAAAUAUUUUUUUCAACUUAAUUUGUUUUGUACCUACUUUGAAAAACAUAUCUGUAUCUUUGCUAUUCUACACUGUCUACUUACACAUUCUUUUUUAGAUGCUGUUUUUUAGAUCAAGCUUGUAGUUCCUGUUGAAAUUGCUAGUGGUAAAGGGUGCAAUAUUGAAACAGUAACUUACAAUAAAAGGAUCUCUCUAGCACUCUACCUGUGAAACCUCAGUGGAGUGAGGUUACUAAUGCCUUCCUAAGUGACUAAUGUAAACAUAAUUCAACUUUGACAAUCCCCUUGUCAAAAGGGGAACUGCAAUAUAAUUGAAAUGUGAAAAUGGUAAUUUUUGAAUAAUGUUCUUUAUCCUGCAUAGCUAUGAAUAGACUAACAGUCUGAAUACUACUGCCAACAUCUAUUUCUUAAAAUCAAAGAAAUGUAGACUGCAGGAAGCACUAACACAUGUAAUAAAAUAGGAAACAGCAGCAACUUUCCAACUUCUUAUAUGACCAUGAGCUUUUUUGUUGGCAAUUACAUGACUGACACAAACUAUAAAUACAGUUUGGCUAAUUUCACUUAAACAGUCCUCCUUUGGCUGUAACUGGAAGACAAGUGAUAUAAGUGAGUGUGAUCAAUGUCACUCUUACAGCGUAUGUGAACUCUACUUGUUUUGCAACAGCUUCUUCAUGUAGGAGGGAGGUCUGAGUACCAUGAUCUCAUUCACAUACAUUACAGUGUAACCACAGAUGCAGAAUCAGUUUGUGUAAAUUAAGGGGACUUUGCAUAGUUAUGCUCAGCUGAUUUAAGAUGGUUUACAUCAAUGUUGAUUGAUUCCUUAAAGUUUACUUGAGUGGCAGUAAAGGAAUUAAAUGUGUAUUUAAACCAGUGCACUUCCAAUUUCCAGACUUGUCCAUGUUCCCAAACUUGAAAUUUUCAAGUUGCAGCUUUGGUAAAUUAUCUAAAGGUUCAUGAAAUAUUGGUGUUAGGACCAAUGACAAGUUCAAAAGUAGUUUAGUAGAAACUUGUAUACAAAACAAAUAGCAAUUGAAUUUUACUACUGAUUUCAAAAUGUCACUUAACAAAAUGGUUGCAGUAAUGCCAUUUUGAGUUAGACAUUAGAAUUCCAUAACUUUCCAUUCUCUUGCAGCUUCUUAGAAAGGUGAUGCAUUUUGUUUUCUAAUAAUUUACAAUAAACUGCAUCAACCUAUUUCAGACA